AAAACUGUCGAAUUUUAAUUUUGAAGUUUUUACUUUUUUUCGUUAUUUUGUAACGUUACGGUUAUCGUUAUUUGUUAUUAUUAUUCCAAUUCCUUAUCGGUGGCGGAUUGAAAGGGAGGGGGAUUAAUCAAUUAAUUAGAAGGAUUCGAUUACUUUCUCGUAUUAUUUUACAUAGGUAUAAUAUUGAUUAAUCAUUACAUUAGGUACUAUUAUUCGUUCGAAGCAGAAAGAAUUACCUCAGCCUAGAUGAAUUUCAGUACUCAGAGAAGUUACGGAAAUCAUCUGGAUCUGGGAAUGCAGGCAAGUCAAUUGAUAUCGAGGAAUACCAACACCAAUGAUUCCACCAGACUGGAAAACAUUUCGGAGAAUUUGAAUCGAUUCUUAUCAGCCCAUUCGCGAAAAAAGAUCACCCAGAAUUCGAGAAAGUUUCGAUUAAGCGAAUAUUUCAACCAAGAUCUCAGGGCGAAAUCAUAUUCAACGCAUCACUAUCUAUGCGGACCAUUGAACACGAACCGAGUAACUAGGAAAACAAUCUCCGGAAAUUUCGAUAAUGAUUCCACUACGCAAUCGUUGAGUGUCGCCGACCUGUACAAUAAUUCUACGAAUCAAAUCGCUAAUACUAAACGUCCAUGGAUCGAGCCACGAAAACCUAUCAAUACUCACGAUCGUAAAGAUGAAGAAAACCGAUCGGAAACUAAAACCGAUUCGUCUUUCAACUUUAAACCACGUUUAGAUGAACAUUUUUCCAACGAUAAAGACGAUCCAGCGAUAGAUAACAAUAAUAAACCUGUGUCAAACGAUGGCCCAGUGCAGGUACCGGAUCCGGUACAUUUGGAUUUAAGAGAUAGCUGCGCUUUGUACGAACAGUGCCCUAGUCCGGAUUACGAUUACGAGAAAAAUACGAGUACUUCGGAUGAUGAAAAUAUCGAACCCGAUACCUCUAGGUAUAAUUUCUUCAUCGGAACAACUGGAAAGGUACCGGAGUAUGAUGUUAAUAAGGAUUCGAGGAAUUGUCGAAAUGAUAAGCAAGUUAUCAAAACGGUUCGUCGGAAACGCAGGCCUAGGGAAGAAGUAUUCGAACCGUUGAUAACGUCGUCUCAAGAUUAGGUUCAAGUAAUACCUAGGUAGUGAUUAUUCUACAAUCGAACGUACAUUUCAAUUUCGCUGCGAUUGAAUUUUAAUUCUUUGAGUUAUUUAUAUUUUAAUUUAAAAAUUCAAUUAAUUUUACCGUACGGUAGAUGAUAAUUAAUUUUGAAUCGUUUUGUUAUAAUUAUUCGUAGAUUAGUUUAGUCCAAAUUCUAUGUUGAUUAUUCAGUGUAUAUUUGAAAAUAAUUUAGUAGCAAAGUAAUUUAAUAUUAAACAUGUGAUCAACAUACUUACUCAAGUACCUAUUUAUUAAAUUUCCGAAUAAGAGUUCGUUCUGAUUUCUUCAUGCAAACCUUAAGCCCUACUUUGAACGAAAUCUUCAGUAAUUUAUAUGUA